AUGGCGUCGGUUUUUCUUCAAUCAAUAUUUCAUCCAAGUGAAAUUGUAGCACUUGUUCAGUAUAAAUUUUUAAGACCUUCACCUAGUAACUUAAUUCCUCCCGAAAAGAAAGCUUGUUAUGAAUUUUUAAACCAAACUUCUAGGUCUUUUGCUGCCGUUAUUCAAGAAUUGGACGAUGAAAUUAGAGAUGCCGUUUGUAUCUUCUAUCUGGUAUUACGUGGACUUGAUACCAUUGAAGAUGAUAUGACAAUCUCCAUUACGAAGAAAGAACCUUUAUUAAGAAAUUUUCAUGAGAUAAUUUAUAAGAAAGGAUGGACUUUUAACGAAAGCGGUCCAGAUGAAAAAGAUCGUCAAUUGCUCGUAGAAUUCUCUAUUGUAAUUGAUGAAUUCUUGAAUUUAGAAAAAAAUUUUCAAGACGUUAUCGCAGACAUUACAAAAAAGAUGGGAAAUGGUAUGGCAGAUUAUGCAAAAAAUGCGGCACAUAAUGAAUAUGGAAUUUUGACAAAUGAAGAUUAUGAUUUAUAUUGUUAUUAUGUUGCUGGCUUGGUUGGAACUGGUUUAAGUUGUUUAUUUAGUGCUAGUGGAUUGGAGAAACCCGAGUUAGGCAAUUUUAUCGAACUCUCGAAUUCGAUGGGAAAAUUUUUACAAAAAACGAAUAUCAUAAGGGAUUAUUCAGAAGAUUUAUCUGAAAAACGUAUAUUUUGGCCAAAAGAAAUUUGGUCAGAAUAUGUUAAUGAUUUUGCAGACCUUAAAAAAACAGGAUAUGAAAUUAAAGCAAUUAAUUGUUUAUCAACAAUUGUAUUAAACGCUUUACAACAUAUCCCUGAUUGUUUAAGUUAUAUGAAUAAAUUACAAAAUGAUAGUAUCUUAAGAUUUUGUGCCAUUCCACAGGUUGAACAAUGGUGUCAAACAAAUCUACCAAACAUAGACUCAUAUAAUUUAUCAACUCCAAAAGAUUUAGACAAUAAUAAUAAUAUAUUGAUUUUUGUUAUAUUUAUUAUAUUAGCUUAUACCGCUUAUUUAUUAUAUUAG